AUGAUUGGGUUCUCAACGCUGACGGGUAAACUGAAAAAACGGGCAGAUGACACGGGUCAAGCAAAGAAGGAAAAGGACAAAGAAACUUUUUCGGAUCACAGCGUCAAGGCUUCCGUCAGCCGCUCAACCACUCUCGUCUCUUCCAUUAGCAUUGGCGCUGUGAGUUUUCCAAGAACUCUUUUUGAUAAUAUUGCGAAAUGAUCCGAUUUUAUUAAUGAUAUGAAGCUCGAUCUUUUAAAACAGAAAAAGGCUGUUUUUCUCAAUUUUUCGCUGAAUUUCGCUUGGUCAUCAUUUCCCUCACGGUUAUAGUCAAUUUUUUUUGGAUUCGAAAAUCAAGAUAGCUAGAUUGGCAAAGGUUACGUGUGCGUCGCGAAUUUAGGCGGUGGACUCGAGGUCAAAUGUACUCAUGAAAAAAACAUUCAAAAAAAGUUUUUUUAUCAUUUUUUUAUUCUUCUAUUUUUGUCCGACUAAAUGUUUUGAAACCAUAAAAAAAUAUAUUAUGAAAAAAACUGUCAAAAUAGGAGUGAAAAAAAUGAUGACUCGAAUUUGACGAGUUUCCCGCCUAAAAGCCGCGCCGCACACGCAACGCUUCACCCUUUCUAAUAAACUCAUUUUGCUAUUCAAGUCUGAAAGGAGUGACUAAUAGUAUUUUCAAAUUAUCUAGAAAACCGUGUUCAACUUUUUCGUUUGGCAAGAAUUCCUCAAUCAUCUGAUUAUUUGACGACCCACCCUUCUCCUUCGUUUGAUACGAUACUCAAAAAAAAGCUCGACGGAAAAGAGCGGGGAAGAGUUUGAAAUAAAUGAUCAAUUUUAUUUUUCACAAUUACUUGCAGCUCCUGGGGACUGAAAAACAAUCAGAACCAGACUCGAAACUCAUAGCUUUUCUCUCCCAUCUCUCCCAUGGGCUCAUUCUCACUUCUUUUUCCUGCUUUUCACUGAGUAGUUAAUUUUUUUGAAGUUUUUUCCAUUCAGAAUCUUCUCAAUUCUAGCCUUCAUUUUUUAUAAAAGAUUCGAAAUCGAUUGAGGUUUCAAAGUUAAGUUCUUGUCGUCAAUAAUAAGUUUUUCUGAAAUUUUUUUUUUCUGAAGCACUGAAAAAAAAACAAAGGCGGCUAAAAAUUUAUAUCAUCUAUCAGUAUUAUAUAUUCCUUCUCUCUACAUUCUUUGACGAGGUUCUAAUUUGAAUUUAAAUUGUCAUCCAGCAGCCCGAACUUUUUUCUUUCUAUACCAUUCUCGUUUUUUUAAUUUUUCGGAUUUUUUUUCUCGAGUUUGACAGUUUUAGUUUCAAACACUAUAUUUGUCUUGAAGUUCAUUAUUCUCUAUAAUUUGACAAGCUGAAACCGCAAUAACAGUUGCUCUAAAAAAAACAGCUGUGGCGGAGGAUAUAUGCGCCUAUAGUUUACUCUGCUCUCCUUCGCGAUCUGAGAAGAAAGGCAGAGACUAAAAACGUCAUCUGCGAGGAGCGUAGCUGGUGUAGUACAACAACAUCGCGAUCAAUUGGUACACUGUCCUCGGAGCACAUUUGCAUAUCUUAUUAGGCUGUUUGGUUGUCUUAGGUUGCUCAGAAGCUGGGGAGACGAUACUUUCAAUUUUCCUGUUUUAUAUUGAGUCAGUUUGAAAAAAUGUCCAAAAAUGUUUGAAGCUGGCCUUCAUGCAAUCCAACACCAACUGCUGUGGGGAACUAGUUUACGAAUUUUCCCCAUUUUGAUAAUUGAUCUUAAAAGUUUUUCAUGUCAUCAGCCACGGAGUGAAGAGUUCAUUAAAUCCAACUUAUUUUUCCCGAAAAAUUGAUUCUUAGGAAGCAUUCAAAAAAAUCUGAUUUAAAAUUACAUUCUUUUUAAUAAUUUUUGACUUGAACAAGGUUCUUUGUGACUUCACUUUUUUUCAAUUCAUAUCAUGGUUAUCGAUUGACGUAACUUUUUCAAAACGUAAAUCAUAAAGUAUCAGAAAAAAAUCAACAACUCAAAAAGUUUUUUUGGAAGUAUUCAAAAUUCAUUCUCAAUCUUAGUAUACUCCUGAUGAAUCUUCGCAAAUUUCUUUCAAAAUGUUUUUGAAGAUUUUUUCGCGCAUGUUUAGGUCUCUUCUGUGACUCAGAAUUGGAGAGAAAUUUCCGUUUUGAACAGAAUUUUUGAGUUUUCUUCAUUCCAAUUCAUUCAUAUUCUUCCAAGACUCACUAUACCUCCAGCAACCAGUUUCUCUGUUCAAUCGUUUGCCUCUCCCAAUAGCUUUUGGCAUCAGACAAUGAACGGCGUGCCGGCAGGAAAUAACAAAAUUUUGUGAGGUUUUUCCUGCAUUCGACUAAAAAAACUCAGGCAGAAACAACCAUUCAAUCGGUCUUGCAAAGCUCCCGCGAGAGGUUUUUUCUUCGUCUCGAGGCCUCGCCGGCCGGAGUAUUAACCUUUUUGCAGCACUAUUGACACCAUCCCUUGGGGUUUGCGACUGCGACGCGGCUUUUGAUUACUUUUUAGCGGCCCCAAAGCAGAUGAAGGGUCAAGGAAACUUUUUUGAUGAAGUCCUGAUCGUGUGAAUGAAAGUUGAAGAAAAAUAAUUUAGGGAACAUUUGAAAAAUGCAAUUUAUUCAACGAUGGAAAAUGAAUUAGAAAAAAGCUGGAAAAUAAUUUGCGAUCACUUGUUGAAAAUAUCAGCUGGCUUCUGAUAUGUUGAUUAACCGUCAGUUUCUUAGCAGGAAUUCUUUUAUAGAUCACUUUUAACUUUUUCAAAACAAAAAAAUAUCAAAAAAAUGAGAAAAUUUAUUUAAAUGAUUGGUCAAUUGAAACUCAAUUUUCUCUUGAACAUGAUAACAAGAAUCAAGUAUUCCAACUUCAUUUCAAAACCUGAAAGAAGAGAAAUCUCGUUUGGAAUUCUGAAAACGGUACUCUGUAGAACAACGCCCUUUGUGUUUCAUUCCAAUCAGGGCAAACAAAAACUAUCCCUCUUUUGUGCAGAAAAAAAAGGGAAACUGAUCCCUAUGCAUCACUUGCACAUGUUUCUAAAAUAGAGGUUUUGUGUGGGGUCAAGUUGAAACUGAACUAUGAAAAUUCGAUUUUUCGAGUAUUCAACUGAGAAACGGAGAAAUGAUUGAACGCGUGAAAUUAAUAGCUCGCGGAUCCGCUUAUAAAAUGUGAUUUCUGCCCUUUCAUUUUCGAAGCUUGGUUUCCGAAAACCCCUACCUUCUCAUGUUACAUGUGAAGCCGUUCCAUUUGACAGCUCAUCGAAUCCAUCAAUGAAAAUACAAGGCGAAAAAUGGCUGUCUCAAGGACAUUUAGCCGAGUGACGCAGCGGGAGGUGCUGCUUGCCGUUGUUCCUUCUGUUGUUUGCCUUUGGCUCUGAAAUUGAAAACGUGUCAGUGCGCGAGUUGAGCCCGCAAGACCUUCCAAUGGAACAGAAAGGACUUAUUUGCCUUGAAAGAGAUAUCUUAUGAACAUAAUUAACUUUUGAGUUUAUUUUUUCAUGUGUAGCAAGAGCUUGAAAAAGCGCUUAGUUGGGAAAAUUUCAUCGGAACUUUUAAAUAUCCUGCGUAAAUUUUUUUACUUCACAUCAUUUUGCUCCGAAACUUCCGAAAUUUGUCAUCUCUCAAAACUUCCAUUGAAUAGGUAAAAAAGGGCGAAAUUCGAAAUAGACUCGAGAGAAUCAGUUUCGUGACCUUCCAGUGGUAAUUGGAAAUUAAUUCCACCUGGUUAAACUUCGUUUCGUCCAAAACUCUUCAUGCCUUAAUUUCGGUUUUCAAAAAGUUUGUGAAAAAUAGUCAAGCUCCUUUUUGAACUAAGCGUUCAAAAAAUCAUUUCAAUGAAACAGGUUUAACUGCGCUCCUAUCCUCGGAAGUUCUUAUCAUUCGAUUACACUUACUUUUUUUCCGACUGCUAUAUUUCCUGUCUCAUCAUAAAUUUCCAGGAACCCGUGGUUCCCACAACCAAACCACUGGCUUCCCACUUCAAAGAUGCCGAGCUCUCCGGUCGACUUGAGCUCCGCGGCUCAGGGCUCCACGAGUUCCCAUCUGAGCUCUUCGACAACGUCGACAUGCUCGACCUGGUUUUUCUCGGUUUGCCUUUUUUCUGUCGGUUUUUUUCACUUUUUUUUUCUUUUUUUGAAUUACAAAGGGCAGUAAAUCGUUGCCUCAUCUUUGUUUUACGAGGUCUAAUGCAUUCCGGUAGCCAAUGCUUUUUCAAAGAGCGUAUUUCCGUUCGUUUGGAGCCGAAGCUUUUUUUCGAUUUGACGAGCUGAGGCCCAUGCAAAACUCAUUUUCGCUGUGUUCGUGUGGGAAAUUGAGCUCGUUCCACCGAUGUAAUGGUCCUGAAAUAGCGAAGCAAAAAAGAUUGAAUAAUUAUUGAUGUCAGAGAAAAUCUAGCAGAAUUCCAGGGAUCCGAACCGGAAUCAACUUGUACUUUUCAGAUGUGAGCGAGAAUCAAAUCUUCAAAUUCCCCAACGAAAUCCAAUUGCUUGACUGUCUAAAGACCUUACUGGUCCGAGACAAUAAACUAAUUUUGUUCCCGCAACCAAUUUGUACUUUGGAGCAACUUAGUUAUCUUGACCUCAGGUUAAUAAAGUUUCCUGGUUCGUAUUGAUUUGAAAAUUUUAGUUUCAAUAAACUCGCCGAGGUGCCGAACGAGUUGUUCCAGCUGCCGCUCAAAACGUUAAUUCUUGCCGGAAAUCGAAUCACGACGAUACCCAAAUCAAUCAACGAGGCCGCAGGAACGCUCAACUGGCUGGUAAGUUUGUAAUAUUUAUGUCAGGGUGGAAAAUUGUAGAAUUGAAAAGGAAAAUAUUGGAAAAAUUGGGCUCUGAAAGGAAUUGGGUGUUUACUUAUUUUUUCACCAAAAUUCAAAAUAUUUGGAAAACUAUGAUUUCAAUUUUUCAAAAAGUAAGAAACAAUACUAACGAUGUUUUACAGAUAGCUGCUAAUCCAAACUUUUCAUUUCGAUUUAACCUUCUCUAUUUGUGUCGAUGAUUUCGGUUUGAAAAUAAGAUAUUACCUGAACGAAGAUUGAUAAGCAAAGACUUUUUUUUUCAAAUAAAUGACAGACGAUAAAAAUCUAAGCGAAGUUUUAUUUUAUGAGAAAACUUCUAUCAGACGCACAGGGACUUCCAACUGUCAACUGUCAACUUUCACGUUUCCUAUUUUUUUUACCUUCGAAAUCAGUUUCUAAUUUCCAGGACUACUCUUCAAACGACUUGACUUUCCUGCCGACCUACAUCCGACAUCUGAAAGAACUUCGCGUUUUGAACGUGUCAAACAACAAAAUCGACGAGAUUCCGGCGGGUAACGAGCUGUUUAUGAGGUCCAUCGUGAAAAUGACGAUUUUCCUGCAGAGAUCUGCUCGAUGCAGCUGCGAAUGUUGGACCUCACGGACAACCGCAUAACGGUCCUUCCGCGGGAACUCGUCCAGAUGCAGCAGCUGCAGACGAUUUUAUUGCAGCGAAACCGAUUGGAGCAUCCGCCGCCGGAAGUUUCUGAAAAGGUUAUUGCCUGGAGGUUUUUUUUCUGAGAAUGGAGACAAGAGAAAGCUGGUCAUGAAUAGAUGGAAACAAGAUGAAAACAUAAUUGAAAAUUAAGUUUAUUUUCCCUCGAUGAAAAAGUUUCAUGAAAAAGGAACGUAUCCAUGGUCGCAUAUAGAAUGGCUCGAUUUUCUACUGCCGCAGUGAGGCUAUUUUAAAUAGCGCUGAGAACUGAAAAACGAACCGCCGAGAGAAAAUCAGCAAAAUUACAACAAUGAAACUAUCUGUGGAGGUUUACCAAAGUUCAGUAAACCCUAAACUUUUUUUCCAAAUAACGUCUUUCAAAAACUUUAUCUCUGACCUUUCAAACUUGCAAUUUGCAACUUUGCAGGGAGUUGCUUACCUCUUCAAAUGGCUUCUCAAUUGUAAAACAGUGUCGACCGCCAGAACAUUGCCAAGAACUCCAAGUAGUUACAAGUGAGCCGAAGAAUUUGGCUUUUCAUCUGAAAAAACUUACUAUUCAGAACCAGCAUUGACCUUAAAACCAUCACUUAUAAGCAGGAUUCCAAGCCGCAGGUAAUUGUUUUUUCUUUGACUCAUUUCUGGGGAAAUUUUUGUUGUAAGUAGGCUAGCGAGUAAUCUUCUGCAAUAGACGUUAGACACAGUAAGCAAUACCCUUUGAAAAAUCAUAACAUGUCUUUUAAUUCUGACAUUUUUUGGUUAUUUCGACAAAUAGCUGACUCGCGCACGGUUUUGCAGGUGAAGAGUUGAGCACGUUGAAUUGUCUUGAGUAGCUAGAAAGUGUGAUUUCUUUUUUCGACCUACCUCUCUUCCAUUUUUCCCUUUUCUAUCGAGCAUGUUUUUCGUGUUUUUUUUUCUAACUUUUCUCCACCCUUUUAAACAAAGAAACUAAUUUUGAAGGAAAUCUCCGAGCCAAAAACUACAAUUGUUACCGACGUCGUCCGUGUUGCGCGACAUCCCAGCAUCCGAAAUGUUCAGGUAAAAUAUCUCAGAAAUUCCAAAAUGAGGAUAAGCAAAACUCUGAGGGUUAGGCUCACACUCGCCUCCGCGUUCAUUUGAAAGCUAAUACAUAUAUUUUUCCCAUAUCCAGAAAAACUAAAAACUGACUCCAAAGUUUUUCCUUGUAACUCUGCUUGUCUAACUCUUUCCAUUUUUUUAAGUAACACCUUUGGAAAGUAACAAAAAGUUUGAAAAAAAAAUUUUUUUGGAGGAAUUUCUAAAGACGGAAAAACUUGAGAAGCAAUCAACUCUCAACGUUUUUUUCUGGUGUAAAUAUUAAAAGCUUUCUCUGAGUCUUGUUCAUGAAACGGAUGAACUAUCAAACCCUAACACAGUUCGAAUUUUCCGAAAGUUUACUGUUUUUUGCUUUCAAAGCCUAAUCUUAUAAUAUCGAGUAACGCUUUGCAGAUUGUGAACAACGGGAGUGCCCCUGAGAAUGGAAAUAUAACGCGAAAUGGAGAGACGCCGACUGGAAAAGGUCGUUUUAAUGCUUCAUUAACAAUUAAUCGAACCGCAGUAAUAAUCCUUGUUUUGGUAAUCGAAAUCUUUUCCAGAAAACAUCAGAACCACUCCAGUGCACGUCGCCAGUUGCGCAGAUGACGCAGCAAAUAACAACAGUCACCGUGCGACAAAUACCAAUCUGUCCAACGGAACUGCUGGUUCGUUGAAUAAAACUUGCGUGAACUCUGAAAAAAUGAAUAAAAUCAUGGUAAAAUCAAAAAACUUCUUUCGAAGACUUUGUGACCAGAGUGAGAUUUUUUAAAUUUUUUUCAAUUUUUUUCUUGACUUGAAAGAGGAGAUGGGUCUAUUGAUAAAAAGUGGAGCGUUGCGUACGCGACGCGGCUCUUAGGCGGGAAAUUAGAGGUCAAUUGCGAGCCACGCUUUUUUUCAGAUUUUUUUCUCUAUAUUAUAGUUUUUUUCGAUACUCUUGAUUUUUUUAAUUUUUUUGCGUUGAAAAAAAGUUUUUUGAAGAAAUUAAAGAAAAAAAUUAUAAAUUGUUUCUAUCUCCAUUAGUUCAUGAUCGCGUUUGACUUCGAAGCCCCCAACAAAAAGCCGCAUCGCGUACUUAACGCUCACUUUUGCUUUACCCUUGUCGCCUUUCGAGCCGCGAAUGAUUGGCUAUACAGAAAAGCCUUAAUUUUCCUUCAAAUAAGUUUCUUGCAGUGAGAAAGCCAACAUCUCGAGUUGCCCCAAUGAUCAAAGGUCCCACAAAGCUGAACACCGUGUCAGCGUCUCAAAUGGUCAGAAAAAGUGUCAUUUUUGUCUCUAAAGUUUCUUUUUCAAGAAGUCUACCGGCGUGAAAAAGCAUUUGUCGUCUCCGCAACCAGUCUCAAAAGUGAGCGCGGUGCCCAAAGGUUGGCCGGAGCAUUUCUGAACUUGUAGUUUCCUUUUUUUCAUUUAUAGCGACUAAUGGAACAGGAGCAACAAGUCGAGUAGCUCCGGUUAAGGACCGUAAAUCAGAAGAAAUGAAAAAACCUGUAAUCACCACCACGGCUACCAGUGAGUUCCUUCAUGGUUAUAUUUUUAUACUUCAAAGUACUGCUGAGUGUUUGUCAAAAUAAAUAUUUUUGAGUCCUCCUAGCCUAAAAGCCCUGAGUCAUUUCAGGUUAUCGAAAACAUCAACGAUCAAAAAGCACUAUAUCUAUUCAAGUCUCCGAUUUUUCAGGAAUAGCUUCGAAGACCAACAGCGAAAUCGAUGCCGCUAGAAAACUUCUCCGUGACAAAUUAGGAGUCACGUAAGUGAAAUUUUUGGAUUUCUCUGAAGAUGGCUCAAAUGUUAGAAAGUUGAAAAAUCUGAAAAUGUUCUAAACGACUUUAAAAAGUUUAAAGACCAAAGCUUGCUUAUAAUAUUUAUAGCACUUUUAAUCUAACUAAAAAAUAUUUGCAGUUAUGCCGUUAACCGUGGUGAAGCAGCAUUCGGAGCGCAGUUGAGCGACGGUUCAGACCUUUGCCGCUUCUUGAACAAAAUUCACCCUGACGCGGUGAACAUCGCCACGUCUGCUGAUUUUGUGAGUUUCUUCAAAGUUUCUCAAUCGAAAACAGAAACAAAAGUCUGUCUAUGCCCAUUUUUGAAAUGUACAAGAUCAAAAAUUUUUAAAAAAAUGAGAUUCUUCCAAAACUGAAAGACUACCUUUUUCCCCCAAUAAUCAAAAAUUUUUAUUUGCUAAUGGAAGAAAAAGGAACAGAAAAAAACUAUUGAUAUUGCAAUAACUUUUCAAAAUUACAGCCUCUUGUCACAAACCGCAGCAAAACUAACGUGGAGCGAUUUCUGCAGUAUUGCAAACGCAGUGGAGUUCCAGAAGUAAGGAGCGUUUGAAUAGACAUCGAAGCAACAUAUUUGAAUUCCAGAGCGAGAUGUGUUCAGCAACAGAUAUCCUCAACCGGAGGAACACCGCCAAGCUCGCCCACACCGUCCUCAGCGUCUCCAAACUUCAAGCCAAUUAG